AUGCCUAGACGUGUGUUAGAUGUAGAUAGUCUAAUUUGUAGUGUACAUAAGUAUUUUACGGAUGAAAAAGAAAAUGGCGGUCCUUUAAAAUCGGUAAUGUCUGUACAACAACGCGUAUGCGAUGCUCUAGUACAGGGAUGGGGAAACUACGGCCCGCGGGCCAUCUCCGGCCCGCGAAGCGUUGAAAUCCGGCCCGUGACUGUCGUGAACAUUAAACAAAAAAUCAACAGCAAAAUGACGACCAAAAAACGAAAAGUCGAUUCUGAGUGUCGAGUUUUUAAAGAAGAAUGGUCAUGGAAAUAUUUCUUCACAGAAUUUAAAGACAAACCAGUUUGCCUCAUUUGUAAUGAAACAGUUGCAGUUUUUAAAGAUUUUAAUUUGUCUCGACACUUCUCAAAAAAACAUGCAAGUGCAAAAUAUUUAUCUAUGACGGAAGUAGAGAAAAAGUCUUUUGUUGAAAGGCAAAAAGAGAAGUUACGUGGACAGCAGAACAUGUUCACAAAGCAAUCUGUUACUCAGAAGGCUGCAACACUGGCAAGUUAUGUUGUAGCUUACAAAAUUGCUAAAAGUAACAGAACAUUAUCGGAUGGUGAAUUUGUAAAAGAUUGCAUGGUGGCUGUAAGCAACAUUAUUUGUCCAGAAAAAAGUAAAGAGUUUCAAUCUUUAGCUUUAUCACGGAGAACGAUAACUGAUCGAAUUGACGCCAUCGCUAAACAAUUAUCGUCACAGCUAGAAAUGAAUUGUAACAAAUUUGAAUACUUUUCUCUAACCAUGGAUGAGAGCACAGACAUGAACGAUACUGCCCAAUUGCUGAUUUUUAUUAGAGCAAUUGAUUCAGAGUUCAACAUAACCGAAGAAUUAGCAUGCUUACAAUCCUUGAAAGGAAAAACAACUGGAAAAAUUAUUUACGAUUCUUGUUUUGAGGGUAUUUCAAAGUUUAACUUGCCUAUGGAUAAAUUAUGUAACAUAACCACGGAUGGAGCACCCAAUAUGGUGGGAAGCCAUUUGGGGUUUAUGGGUAUAUUUUGCAAAGAAAAUCCUAAUAAUAAUGUAUUAUUUCUGCAUUAUUUAAUACACCAGGAUGUGUUGUGUAAAGCAGCUAUUGACAUACAACCCGUUUUGAGUGUGGUUGUUAAACUUAUCAACACAAUACGUUCACAGGGUUUGAUGCAUCGACAAUUCCAAGAAUUUCUAAAAUCCACCGAAAGCGAGUUCUCUGAUAUCCUUUACCAUACUAAAGUGAGAUGGUUAAGCUGUGGUAAUGCAUUUGAGAGAGUGUGGAACUUAAGAAAGGAGAUUCAAGACUUUCUGACGGAGCAAGGUAAAUGGGACGACUUUAAGAUCAUGGCUGACGAAAAUUGGCUUCCUGAUUUCGCAUUUUUCACAGAUUUGCUGUCACACCUAAAUAAAUUAAAUACGAAGCUUCAGGGAAAGAAUCAAUUCUUAGAUGAGCUUUGGGGACAUUUAAAAGCCUUCAAAUUGCAGCUUAAAUUGUUUUGCAGUUGUGUAGAGAAAAAUGAACUUACCCAUUUUCCCAAACUGAGCAGCAUAUCACCUGUCUCAGACGACAAGAUAAAUAGGUUCGCUCAACAACUGAAGAAACUGCACGAGGAAUUUGAGAAGCGAUUUCAAGAUUUUAAGAGAAUUGAGCAGUCACUAAAUAUUUUUUCGAUGCCUUUUAAUGUUAACGUUGAUGAAACACCCGCUAACCUCCAACUUGAACUAAUUGAGAUGCAAUGCAAUACCCAUCUGAAGCAACUAUUUCUCAACACCAACAAAUUGGAAUUUUAUAAGUCCAUAUCUAGGACACAAUACCCAAAUAUAGUUGCCCACGCUCAAAAAAUAAUGGCUAUGUUUGGUACAAGCUAUUUGUGCGAACAAACGUUUUCAAUAAUGAAACUAAGAAAAAAUUGUCUUCGAAAAAGUUUCCCCAUCCCUGCUCUAGUAAUUAGUGAAACCAAAUUAAGAGGCGUAUUACAAAAUCACAAUAGUGAACUGCCGACAGAAGAUCACCGCAAAACUCGCCCAUCAUUGAAAACGAAAGAUAUUUCAGAUGGAACGAAAUUUGAAAUUCGUGAUACCAUUUAUCGAAUGAGGGCCAACAAGGAACAUGUGACCUUAAAUACAAUUCUCUCGGAAUUAAUAGAUAGAAAAUUUGACGACAUUGGCAGAACAAGUCUAUCGCAAGUGAUACAUAACUUGGGUUUCAAAUUUCAAAAGGAGGAUAACAGAAAGGCCCUUUGUGAAAGAAACGAAACAUGGAUAUUUUCUACAAGUGCAACCAAGAGAAUAUGGCAAGAUGAUAACGCAAAGUCCAUCAAACAUACCGAUGGAGAAGGGAAGCGACACAUAAUUUUACAUGCAGGAAGGAAAUCGGGUUUUAUAGAAGGUGCUGAUUUAAUAUUUUCAUCUAAAUCAAAAUCCAGUGACUAUCACGAUAAUAUGAACACAUAA